AUGGAGCUGGUUUCAUUUGAAAACAUUGAUGCAGACUACCUCCACCUGCACGAAUUCAAUUACGCCUGGAAUUCGACUGUUUUUGAUCACCUCAAAACUGAUAUCCGGGAACCUUCCUUUGAUGGGAAAUACAAAGAGCUUUUCUGGACAAGCGGUGCUCCAGCCAAAGUCCAAAACUCGUCCUUGGUUUCCUGGUGCUCCACGAACAAAACUUGCUCGUUUCCAAAACAUUUUAACUACACUAACCGAAAAAACAAAUGCUUAGUGCUACACAGGGCAAAGAGAAUUUUACUCGGCAGAAAUUGCGAGGGAAAACAUAGAUUUUACUGCAAGGUGACAUGGAUGGAAAACUGGAAGUUGUGCUGUGAACUAGGCAUGAAACCAUUAUCAUUCGGCAGUAGUAGCCUUAUCUCGGUCCCCUUCAUUGAUAUGCACCGAAUAUUUUGGACUGGAGGGACACGACUUGGCUGCCCUGGCGAGUACAAGUGGUGUUUCAGCAAUCAGAAAGAAUGGCUCUACUCGGGCAAUGUGAUCGACACGAAGCAAAACGGUGCUUGCGUCGCCCUGAGAGUUUACUAUUCUGCGUCCAAGUACAUGCUAGGGUUCGGAGUUGAGGUUCAGCAGGUCCAGGAUUUGGUUUUUCUUCCGUGCGACACGGAAAAUUACUAUGCCUGUCGCUACACGGAUGAAGUGAAAAAUCCAGAAAAUCUUACACACACAAAUGCAUCGUGGCGUGAAGCUGUUGAUUAUUGCGACUCAUUGGGGCUCAACCUGGUUGCGAUUGCAAGUUAUGAGAAACAAAUUUGCAUGUCCAUAACUUUGAACGACGAUAUUAUUGUUGCGAUGAAACUAGACGCUGAUUUAUGGAUUGGCUGGGACGAAACCUUUGAGGAUGAAAAUGGAGUUACCAGGUGGUGCAGCGAGCCGACAAUUGCAGUUCCUGUUCCAAUCAUAGGAGACAAAAGCCAACCAUAUAUUUUGGUGUCGAAAUUAGAGCCAGAACCUAAAAAACUGUACGCGGUUACUUUGUCGGAAAAUAAGAAGGGCCUUGCUUGGUUCUGCACGGUCAAUUGUUAGAUAAAAACUUAAUUCACAGCUUGAUAUUUUUUGGAUUAAAUAAAAUUAUUUAAAAAGC